AGGAAGUUGCAAUUUUUCCCCAUGGCUGCGAGGAAUAGUAGGGCUGGGGGUAAAAGAGUGUUUUGUGGAGGGAAAUCGACAGAUGCAUGAGAGCGGGAGGGGAAGGAACACAACAAGCAGAUCAGUCAUCAAAAAUAAAGGGAGAAGCGUCCUCCUCUUGGUCAUCUGGGAAGCCACCGCAGGCCCUCUGCUUUGGGGGAGACAGCACAUUUUGAAGCAGUUUCCCCCCACCCCCCGCCCUGCCGGGAUCAUGUGGUUUCAUUGAUCCGAGGUGGAGUACUUUGCGGAUAUUUGCAGUGAGAUCUGAGGAUCAGAGAGGGGAAGCCUGGACUGAACACAGUGGCAUCUUUCCUUGCUGGGAUAUUUUUUUCGGGGGGCGACAAAAUGGCUGCAGAACAGGAAGUGUCGGCAACCCUGGGCCUCCGCUUCCAGUCUGUGUUGGAGGAUGUGGUUCUGCCUCACGUGGAUCCAGAAGAUCAGAAUUCAGCUGAAAGCUUGGAAAGGCCUCAUAAAAUCCAGGACGAAACCAAAGAUCUCCCAAACAGCAAAGAGGAACUCCCCACGGGACCACCUGCCCUGCAUUCUGGUUGGGGCAACACAAAACAGCUGCUUCCAGCCCCCUGCGAUGACACAAAGGCGGCAGAUCCCAGUGGAGAAUGGCUGUCCCAGCUCCUCCCAGGCCACAGCGGGGAAGCCAAGCCGGCCUAUGGCUGCUUGGACUCCAAGGGGGACUAUGUGGACCUACAAGAGGAGCCCUCAGAAAGGGACGCCGUCACCAUGGAGGCACAGCGGCUGCACUUCCGGCAGUUCCACUACCGGGCGGUCGAGGGUCCCCGGGAGGUGUGCAGCCACCUCUGGUACCUUUGCCACCGUUGGCUGAAGCCAGAGAGGCACACCAAGGAGCGGAUCCUGGAGCUCCUGAUUCUGGAGCAGUUCCUGGACAUCCUGCCCCCGGAAAUGCAGAGCUGGGUCAAGAGAGGCGGGCCGGACACCUGCGCCCGGGCGGUGGCCUUGGCCGAGGGCUUUCUGCAGGGGCCACAGGGAUCCGGGACGUGCAGCGAGCAGGUGGUUCACCAGGAGAUGCCAGCCAGUUCUCUUGAAACUGAGCAGGCUCCUUCAGCGACUGGAGAGGAGCAGCCUGGUGCAGAGGUCAAGCAGGAGGGUGGCCGCUGUAUGGGUGAUGGGUGGAUGAGUGAAAUGGAAGAGCCACAGCUGAAAAUUGCAGAGCCAGAAGAGCCACAGCUGAAAAUUGCAGAGCCAGAAGAGCCACAGCUGAAAAUUGCAGAGCCAGAAGAGCCACAGCUGAAAAUUGCCACAGGGGAAAAGGAGCCAGAGGGAAAGGGGAAAGUAAGGCACCCCCUGCCAGCAACAGAGAAGGAGGAAAGGCUUUUGAAUCAGUCCAGAUCAGAGAGGAGAGCAGGAAAGAACCCAGAGGAGAGCGUUGCUAAUGGAGAAGGCUCUGGCAACCUCAUCAAAUCCACAAACCAACAGAAAACUCCCAAAGUCAAGCGGGAAACAACCUGCAGCGUGUGCGGGAAAAGCUUCAGCCGGAGAACAGGCCUCCUAGCCCACGAGAGAGUCCACACGGGGGAGAAGCCGUACAAGUGCUCACACUGUGGGCGGAGCUUCCGGUCAAAGUCGACCCUCGUCGUCCACCAGAGGACUCACACAGGUGAGAAGCCCUACCAGUGCCAGGAGUGCGGGAAGAGCUUCCCGGUGACCACGCAGCUUAUCGAACACGAGCGAACUCACUCGGGGGAGAAGCCCUACAAGUGCGCCGAGUGCGGCCAGAGCUUCCGCCAGCGAUCACACCUUAAAAACCACCAGAAGAUCCACACGGGGGUCAAGCCAUUUAAAUGCUCAUAUUGCGGGAAGGGCUUCAGCAUCAGCUCAGACCUCAUUAGGCAUGAGAGAGCCCACACCGGGGAGAAGCCCUACCAGUGCCCGGACUGCGGCAAGCGAUUCUGUAACAGCUCGCAGGUGAUUACGCAUCGGAGAGUCCACACAGGAGAGAAACCGUACAAGUGCCUGGAGUGCGGGAAAGGGUUCACCGUGAGCCAGCAGCUCAUCCGGCAUCAGGCUGUCCACACAGGAGAGAAGCCGUACCAGUGCUUGGAAUGUGGGAAGACUUUUGGUGUGAGCACCCUCCUUGCCGGACAUUUGAGAAUCCACACCGGGGAGAAGCCGUACAAAUGCUCAGAGUGCGGGAAAUGCUUCCGGCUGCGCUCAACGCUCUUCACGCACCUGAAAAUCCAUGCGCGAACUAAGCUGCAAAUUGGGCAUUGCUGCAGGUUAGAGAGGAGCCUAGGAGAAACAACACAAAGCUUCUGCUGUUUCAGAAGAGAGACAGAGAGUGGGGGGGGGGGGAAUGGACUGGACCAAAAUGGCAUAAUUGGGUCCCCGCUUCCAGGCUCUGUUCAAUCAGGGCACGGAACCUGGAAAGCAAGUGAAGGGGGAAAGCAGAGCAGGACACAAAUCGCAGAAGGGGCCUGGAAGAAUCCAGGGGUAGGUUGGCAAGCAGGUUUCUCAAUGGCAGGGCGGUCACCAAACACAGGAUGGAGCAGCCCACAACUGCCAGAGCCUUCCCUGUGGGACAACUCCAGGACUUAUCCACCCGCUGCAGAAGGCACAGACUAUAGCAGUUGCUGCCUCAAAACAAACAGUGCAACUUGCCUCUGUCCAGGCCUUAUCAGAGAACCCGAGGAUGCCUGUGGGGGCUCGGACUCUGGGGAAGUCCACUGGAGGGCCAAGGAGGAGCCCUUGGAAAGGGAUGCCAUCACCUUGGAGACGCAGCGGCUGCACUUCCGGCAGUUCCGCUACCAGGAGGCUGAGGGCCCCCAGGAGGCGUGCAGCCAGCUCUGGUAUCUUUGCCACCGGUGGCUGAAGCCGGAAAGGCACACCAAGAAGGAAAUCCUGGAGCUGCUCAUCCUGGAGCAGUUCCUGGCCGUCCUGCCACCAGAGAUCCAGAGCUGGGUCAGGGAAGGCGGGCCGGAGACCUGCGCCCAGGCAGUGGCCCUGGCUGAGGAUUUCCUCUUGAGGCAGCGAGAGGGUGAGAAACCUGAAGAGGUGGUGCCUAUGAGUCCUGGGGGCCCUUCAGAUGCCAGAGAGAAGACCCUGGGAAUGGAAUUCAAAGAAGAGGAUGGCAGAGAUCGUUCCUCUUUGGGUGACUGCUGGCUGAAUUGGCAAGAGGAGGAUAGUCCACAGCUAAAAGGCCAAACACAAGUGGAAUCAUGUAAGAAAGGAAGAUAUUUGCAAUGUCAAGAUAAGAAAACAACUUCUCCACUUUUGGGAAGUUGCCCAAAACAACGUGUGAAUGAGAAAGCCUCUGAGGAUUUUGCCAGAUCCACAAGCCAACAGAUUCCUCCAAAAGGCAAGAAGCAAAGGACCUGCAGUGUGUGUGGAAAGAGCUUCAGUCGGAGCACUGGCCUGAUUGCACAUCAGAGAAUCCACACAGGGGAGAGACCGUAUGAGUGCUCUGACUGUGGGAAAUCCUUCACGUUGAGGUCAAACCUGAUAGCGCAUGAAAGGACCCACAAUGGGGAAAAACCGUAUCAGUGCCAACAAUGUGGGAAAAGUUUCAGUGUAAGCUCACAGCUUAUUAAACACAAGAGAACUCAUUCAGGGGAAAAACCAUACAAAUGCACAGAGUGCGGACAGACAUUCCGCCAAAGCUCGCACCUUAAAAACCACCAGAGAAUUCACACGGGAGACAGACCAUUUAAAUGUUCAGACUGUGGGAAAAGCUUCAGUGUGAGUUCAGACCUGAUUAGGCAUGAAAUAUCACACACAGGGGAGAAACCAUACCAGUGUCCAGACUGCGGCAAGCGCUUCUGUAACAGUUCACAGAUUAUUACUCAUCGGAGAGUCCACACUGGAGAAAAGCCAUAUAAAUGCAUGGAAUGCGGAAAAAGUUUCACUGUGAGCCAACAACUCAGCAGACACCAGAGAGUCCACACAGGAGAGAAACCAUAUAAAUGCCCUGAAUGUGGGAAAACCUUUGGCGUGAGUACACUCCUUACUGGACAUCUGAGGAUCCACACAGGAGAAAAACCUUACGAAUGUUCAGAAUGUGGGAAAAGCUUCAGGCUGCGCUCCAACCUUAUUGCACAUCAGAAAAUACAUAAUGCAAGGAAAUCAUAGAUACUUUUUUUACUGCGUAUAUGUUGGUUGAGGGGGGAUUGUUAAAUUAUGAAUUAAUUGAUUGUUCACAAUAUUUUCAUAUGGGAUAGCACUGGCCUAAUCAAAUCUCUAGAGUAGGGGUAGCCAAUGUAGUACCCUCCAGAGGUUGGAUUUCAUCUCCCAUCAGCAUCAGCCAGCACGGCUAACAGUAAAAGAGGGGUAGAGUUCUAGACCAACAACUUGGGGGGGGGGGGACCACAUUGGCUACCCGUCCUAUAGGAUGCCAUUCUCACAGAUUUAAAAACUUAACUGGAUAGCAUUUUACUUUCAAGGUACAGUAGGGCCCCGCUAAUACGGCGGCUUUCAAUUAGAGUAAGGCCCCAGUCAUAUGGCGCUUGUUCCACUUUUACGGGGUUUUUCGGGUGUCAGGCACCAUUCUAUUGAAUGAGUUCUGCUUUUUGGCGGGUUUUGCUUUUAAGCGGGGGUCUGGAACGUAACCCGCCAUAUGAGUGGGGCCCUACCGUAAUUUCAUCCAUUAGGAGUUUACCCUCUUGAUUUUUAAAAUGUUUUUAUUGAAAGUUAUUUUGUUAUAUAGCCAAGGGGAGAGGAGUAUAAGGUGACCCCACUGAAGCUCAUUGAGUGACCUUGGGCCAGUCAUAGUCUCUAAGCCUAACCUUCCUCACAGGGCUGUUAAGAGGAUAAAAUAGGAGGGGGGGGGACACUUGCUUUUGUCCUGUUUUUACACCAGGCCUAAGCUGAUGAGGAUCCACAGUAAGGCCCACAAGCAGCAAGGUCAAGAGGCAGUUCAGUCUGGUCACACAAAGGCAGUCGUUCAUAUCAGGGAUCUAAGGGCAAGGUACAGGAUGGGUGAAAAGGCGUUGUUUCAGCAGCUCUCCCGCUGUUGCCCUAAAGCUUUUAAGCCAGAGCUGCAAGAACCAGGGCCCCACUGAACCCCCAUAGAGGUUUCUGCAGAAAGUCCUCGUGAGGUCCACAUGAGGAGUCCUGGUCUGCAAAAGAACACUUUCCCUGACUGUGAGGGUCUUGGACUGCUGCUUGAGGCACCAGCACUCCUGGAGUGGUUGUUCAGCCUUCAUUUCAGAAGCUGGAACCUCUUUUCUGCAGGGAGGGAUCUCUGCUAGUCUCUCCUGAGUGUCCCAAGUUCUCCUCAAUCAUUGUGCUGGGCUGUUCCUCAGUGCCACCAGUUCCUGGGGGCUCCAGAUCCUCCUCAGAAGAGGAGUUGUGUAGCUUGGGAGGACAGCUUUGCAAGCAGAAGGUUCCAGGUUCAAUCCCCAGGCUCUCUGGGUAAGGCUGCGAAAGGGCUCCUGCCUAAAACCCCGAAGGAACCACCGCCAGUCAGUGUCGACACUACUAAGCUAGAUGGACCAAUAUGGUCUAACUCAGGAUAAGGCACCUUCCUGUGUUUCUGGGCUCCAAUAAAUUGGCGAGGGUGGAUGCUUAUGCACAUAUAUUAGGCCAGGUGUGGGGAACCUCUGGACCUCCUUCAUGUUGGAUUCCAGCUCCCAUCAGGCCCAGCCAGCAUGUUUUUUAGAUUUCCUUGGUUUUAUUGCUGUGAAUGGAUUGUUAAUCCUGUGUGCUGUUUUGUAAAUUAGAUCUGUGAAAAACCUUAUAAAAAACAUGGUAGAUAAAAAAAUACAUAAAAUUUUUAAAAAACUAGGUACUACGGCCUCACAAUCUCUCAAUUUCUUAACUGUGCUGCCAAGAUCAGAUGGACAAGGGUGUUUGUGUGUUGUUCUUUAAUUUUAAUAAUUUUAUUUAUUAUAUGUGUAUAAACCUCCAUAAAUUACCAGAAGUGGGGGGUUCAUUAAAUAUUUUUACAAAUCCAUACAAUCCUGUAACAUGAAGAAAGAAAAUGAGAAAAAGUCUUAUCUUAAAUUUGAAUGGUGCACAGCAUUUCAUAAAA